AUGAGAUUAAUUUCCAAAGUUUUAAUUUUCAAUGCAUUAUUGACUUUUGCAUUAGCUGUCGAAACCUCGAAAGAUGAUGGUAAAUUUUUAAAAAUGGAUAUGACCAAAAGAUCUAAAGGUGCCAUCGAGAAGAGAUCUGCAGACGGAACAGUUGAAGGGUACAUUCAAAACGGUCAUUUUGAAUAUCUUGCAAUUUUAGAAAUUGGAUCCAAUAAAGAUCCUGUUGCUUUAACUCUUGACACUGGUUCUUCAGACCUUUGGGUAAUGUAUAGUGACGUCACCUGUACUCCAAGAAGUUCAAACAAAAAAAGAAGUACUAAUUGGUUUUCAUCAUUAGCUAACACUUUUGGAUUCAAGAGAGAUGAUACUGAUAACACAGAUAAUAUAUGUACUUUGUAUGGUUCAUUCAAUGCUGAUAAUUCUACUACUUUCCAAACAAACACAACUGCUCCUGAAUAUGACAAUACAUAUCAAGAUGGUUCUGGUUGUACCGGAGUGUAUGGAACAGAUAAUGUUGUAUUUGGAGGUGUCACUGUUGAGAAUGUAAAUCUUGCUGUUGUAACAGCUGCCAGUGGUGUAUAUACUGGAAUAUUAGGAGUAGGACUUCCAAAAGAUGAAAGUAGUGAUCCCAUUUAUGGGUUCACAUACCCAAAUUUCCCAGAUGCUUUGAAAUCUCAAGGAAUUAUUAAUAAAAUUGCUUAUUCAAUUUAUUAUGGAGAUACAAUUGAUACUGCUGGUAGUAUAGUAUUUGGUGGAGUUGAUACUGCUAAGUAUAGCGGAGAUUUAAUGACAAUUCCAAUUUUAAAAAAUACAAAUAAUGAAUAUGUUGAGUUUUGGAUUGCACUUGAGGGGAUUGAGCUUUCAAACGGAGAGGACACCGCUCUAAUCGAUGGAAAUUCUUAUGCAUUUGUUCUCGAUUCGGGUACUACAACAUCAUAUUUUCCGCAAGACUUGGUUGAAACUAUUGUUGCAUCCUUAGGAGGUGAAUAUAACAGUGAAGAUGAAUUAUAUCAAGUUCCAUGUACACACGAUCAAAGUUUAAUUCUUACUUUUAAUCUUGGUGGAUAUAAAUUGAACCUCCCUGUUGCUGAUUUAUUGUCUUAUUCUGAAACUAAUAGCAAGAUUUGUGAAUUACAAGUAGAGGUCACUGGUCAAGACGAUGACUCACUUUUUGGAGCCAUGGUUUUAAGACACGCGUAUUGGGUAUAUGAUUUAGAAAGCUUAGAAAUUAGUGUUGCUGAUGUGGUUAUUACUAACGAAGAGAAUAUCGAAGCAAUUGUUCUGUCAAUUCCAGGAGCCAGCCAAGCACCAGGUUAUUCCAGUACAUUUAUCCCUGACUAUGAUCCAGCCCAAGCCAGCCCAACUCUUUUCUCAUAUUCAACUGGUAAAUUAGAAGGAGCUGACAAGCUUAUAUUAGAAGGGGCAAACACAAAAAUACCUUAUUUUGCCAAAGGUUAUUCAUAUGGUCCAAAUACUGUUACAGAAGAUAGUUCUACGUAUGUUGGUCUUGCCAAUGCAAGAGAAACUUCCCAGUCUAUUUUCAUUUCAGUUUUUACAUUAUUCUCAAUCUUGAUAUUGGCUUAA